CCCACUGUUUUAGAGACACAUGACACCCUUGUCUUCGUCACUUAAUGCCCAGUAUGUUAAUAGACUGAAGAUUUGAAAGACUCAGGUCCAAGUGUGGAGCCCUUCAGCACGCCGGCACCCGCGGCCCUGGAAGCCAGUGGCAGUGAAGGAGUUGCCGGGCCGCAGCUGGCCAGGCGGGGACCAACCAGACCAACCUGCCUGGACGGACGUAUCGGCGAGGCUGCUGAAGAAGCACGAGCACCUCACGACACGGUGUUGCGGCUGGCGCUCGGCACCCACAAGCACAAAAGGAUGCGUGGCGGAGUGCUGACGGUGGCGCUGGCGGUGGUGAUGGUGGUGGUGGUGGCGGAAAGCGCCCUCUCCGAUGACCUGCCCGUGGUGGGGACACUUGGUAUCAUCCAUGGCCUUGGCAAAAGAAGCGCCCGGCUGAAGAGAGCGAAACCGCCUAAGAACGCGAGCCCCAUCAACUGUCAUGCACGCCACAACAGGGGAAAACCAGAGUGCCAGGGUGGCGAGCCUCCCACAACCCGCCCGAGUGACGGAGUGUUGGCGCUCGCUGAGAACUUGCCGUGGAUAAUAGACGUGGCGAAGGGCGGCGAUGAGGUGGUGUUGAGCGAUUUGAGGGUGGGCAGUUUCCAGUUGGGGAUUGGGAAGGAGAACGUGAGUUUCCAGAGCUGCAGGACGCCCAAGCAGCAAGUGGGCGCCUGUCGCUACCUCCAAUACUGCAUCCUGCCGGAGUUCGCGCACAGCUUCACCGCCUACCUGCCCUACUCGUGUAUCAUCGAGGGCCGAUAUCUCGGAGCUUGUUGCCCAAUCAAGGAGUCUGCAGCGCUCGUCCUGGCAACUUCGCCCGUCACACCCAAGCCUCCUCCUCCUCCUCCGCCCCCGUCCCCAACUCAGCCUCCACCUCCUCCUCCGCCCCCGUCCCCAACUCAGCCUCCACCUCCUCCUCCGCCCCCGUCCCCCACUCAGCCUCCACCUCCACCACCACCCACUCCGUCAACGGGUCACGCGAGAGGUUGUGGGGUCCUCUCUGCCGCCGAUGUCACUAGGAUCGUGGGAGGCAAGCCAGCAGACAUCCGGGAGUGGCCCUGGAUCGCCGCCUUGCUCAGGAGAGGCGACACACAUUUCUGUGGCGGCACACUCAUCACGAACAGACACAUCCUGACGGCCGCCCACUGCGUCAAACCGUUUACCAUAAGCGACAUCACGGUGCGGCUCGGCGAGUACACUUUCGAAGCCAAAAAUGAGACCGCGCACGUCGACUUCGCAGUGUCGGCGGCGGUGAUCCAUGAUGGGUACGAGGAGGUAAACUACCACAACGACAUUGCCAUCAUCACCCUCGCGCAGUCCACAGAGUUCUCGGAUGACGCCUGGCCCGUGUGUCUGCCGGCCGGAGACGAAAGUUACCUCGGCAGGGAUGGAACAGUGGUUGGCUGGGGCACCACCUCCUUCGGCGGCCCCGUUUCCAACGUGCUGAUGAAGGUGACGGUGCCUGUGUGGACCAACGACGAGUGCAGCACCGCCUACUCCGACAAGAUCAUCACUAACAACCAGUUCUGCGCGGGCGGAAGAGAGGGGGGGAUGGACUCCUGCCAGGGUGACAGCGGCGGGCCCUUCAUGGUGCGGCAAAUUCGCGACCAGCGCUGGACCGUGGCGGGCGUGGUGUCGUACGGCCAGCGGUGCGCGGAGGCCCAGUACCCCGGCGUGUACACUCGGGUUGCUAACUACCUGACGUGGAUUAGAGACAACACGGCCUAGACUGUAUAGAGACGCCAUUACAUGUGCCUCCAUUACUGCUCUCUCUCUCUCUCUCUCUCUCUCUCUCUCUCUCUGCUUCCCUAUUCCUUUUCCUUGGUCUUUUUAUUCAUUUUUCUUCCUUUUCUCUUGUUUUUUCUUUGUUCCUUUAUUUCGUCAUUUUCCUUAUUUUAUUUUCUCCGUUUCUUCCUCUCUCUCUCUCUCUCUCUCUCUCUCUCUCUCUCUCUCUCUCUCUCUCUCUCUCUCUCUCUCUCUACCCCAAAAAAUGUGAGAAUAUGCUUAUGAACCUUAUUCUUAUUCUUGCACAAAGCUGUCCAACUAAAUAGCCUCUUCCAUUUAGCGUAACCCGUUUCUGGGUCGUGAUCUGUAGAGUCCCUCAUAGAGUCCCAACAACCUAAGAUUUGGACGCCAUUAUUGGCCCUGUGUUUUCGCCGCGCUUUUCAAACACUAGCACACGGUCUCGCGGCGAAGACAGGGCCAAUAAUGGCGUCCAAAUCUUAGGCUGUCGGGACUCUAUCUAUCAAGGGACUCUACAGAUCAUGACCCAGAAACGGGUUACGCUAAAUGGAAAAGGCUAUAAAAGACGUGUGUGUGUGUGUGUGUGUGUGUGUGAGCUCACCCCCCCCCCCCUCCCCGACAGGCAGACAGACUAAAAAACAGAUGCAGAUUCUAAUAAAUUAGUAAUGAAUUCACAAACAUGCAGCAAUAAAUAUAAAGUUUG